CACUUGAGGCAGCUCCAGAGUAGCCUCAAAGGACCCUAGUUGCAUAACAUCAAUAUCUACAAGACUACAACAUUUCCAUUCCAUUCAACCCUUCAUAUUGUUGCACUUCUGCUUUUGAUUGUGAUUGUGAUUGACGAUACCGACUUAGGUCUAUGUAAUACCGCAUAAGACGACAUAACUACUAUUUCAAUAUCACAUCAUCUCCAUCAUCUCAAUCAUCUCUAUUAUAUAGGUACCUAGGUAUUUACCUACUUACAUCUCUUUUGCUUUCGAGAAGGAGCAUGACGAUCCAGACCCGCACUCCAAACCUCGAGCGUCGAAGUCAUUCAUUCUAGCACCUCCAGGGAUCCCCCCAGUACUUACCAUCGAAAUUCCGAGUCAUUCCUUACAGGUACCUAGGUUCUAAGUCUUAAGAUACCUAGUCUGCUGUUGAAAUAUCCCCGAUAAUCCAUUUCAACACUUCCCACUUUAUUUUGGCUUGGUCUUCUACAUACCUAGCCAUCAUCCACCAUGUCUUCUCUCGAGGCCAAGAUAGUCGUCCUCGGGGCCCAAGGCGUCGGCAAGACAUCUCUCGUCACGCGGUAUUGUAAGGGAGCCUUCAAUCCCGCACAAACCACAUCCACCGUCGGAGCGAGUUUCAUGACCAAGAGGGUCAUCGACGGCGAUACCGAUACCGUAGUCCGUCUACAGAUAUGGGACACAGCCGGCCAAGAACGAUUCCGCUCGAUAUCACGCCUAUACUACCGUGGCGCCAACGCCUGCAUCCUCUGCUACUCGAUCACAGACGCACAGUCCUUCGCCGAGAUGGGCAUGUGGCUAACCGAGCUCCGCCGCAACCUCCCACCAGACAUCGUCCUGCACGUCGUCGGCACCAAAGCCGACAUCGUCGCGCGCGACCCCACCCGCCGCGAAGUGCCCUUCGAACGAUGCAUAGCCUACGUAGCAGAGAAUCUAGCCCCAGGACUAGGCUCGACCCCGCCUCCAACCGCAACACAAAGCGGACUAACGAGUCUCCCGCCGGGGCCGGGGGUAAGCCAGUCGAGCGUAGCAGCAGCAGCGACCACGCCCGCGGCGUCGAGCGCCCAGGAGCCGCGCAGCCCGAGUAGCAAGCGAAGCAGCGGGUUCUGGGGGCAGGAGGUCGGGUGGGACGCGUGCCACGAGAUCAGCGCGGAGAGCGGGGAGGGCGUGGAAGAGGUCUUCCGCGUCGUGACGCGCAAGCUCGUCGAGCAGAACCGCAAGAUCCAGCAGGCUAUCCUCGCCGCCACCGCCACCCCCGGGACGCCCGGCUACGACGGCACCGGUGCGGACGGCUUGCCUGUCGGUGCGGGGCCCGGCGGCAGCUACUUCGAUGGCGCGAACCCGCGUGGUAGUUUUCGCGUGGGUAGGGAUCGUCGGAGUUGGUUGUUUUCGCCAAACUUUUCGCCCGCUGUUACGGUUGAGAACCCUGCUAAUGGGGGUGCGGAACAGCGGCGGGUGGGUGAGGACGGGGGGAGGAAGGGGCGGAGGUGUUGUUGAUGUCGAUGACCAGACAACACAUGAAUGUCUGA